AUGAACGACCAAAUUGAAGAAACAUUGGAAAGACUAAUUAAGCAGAUUACAGAGACUGGAGAAUGGGAAUUGGAUCCUCAGAUUCUAAAGUUAAUCAAAAAGCUGUGCAAACAAUCGAAUGCCAAUGUCGAUGUUGCAUUCUACAUCAUUUGGAAUCAAUUACAAAAAAAACAAUCUCAGAUUCGAUACUCCUGUGUUCAAUUGAUUGAGGUUCUCUUUUUCCGCUCACAUCGUUUCCGUAUACUGGUCGCCAAUGAAUUCCAAUCAUUUCUGAGACUGACGGUGGGUAUAAACCGCCAGCCGUUGCCUCCUCCUGUUCAAGACCAACUUCGGAGAUUAGCGAUCAGUUUGGUCAAAAGCUGGAACCAAAAGUAUGGUCGAGUCCAGAGACAGAUUGCGAAUGGCUACCAUUUCUUGGAGUACCGCAACCUAUUGGACGAAAAUUCCAGUGGUUCGCUUGCAGCUUUAUCGCUAUCGUCAUCGGCAUCGGCAUCAGCAUCGGCGUCGUCAUCGUUGUCAUACACUCGUACCCGAGACCAGAACAAGGCAAAUGUCCAGAGUCGAAUGAAAGCUAUCCAGGAACGACGAGUGGAUCAAAUAAAGACCGAAGUAGACGAUUAUCUAAAGAUCAUCCAGGAGAAUAUCAUAACCAUGGACAGCUGUUUCUUGAUACUCGUGCCGAAGAAUUCAGAAGAUGAAUUGGAUUUUGAUGCUUUGAUUAAAGGAGAUCUAGACUCUUUAAAAGUGCCUGACGGAUCCUAUCGAGAGCGUAUAUUGUCGCAUGGUUUGGGAUCUUCACGCUACAAAAUCACGAUUGACCUUUCCGAAAGUUCGGUCAUGGAAGAUAUCCAUGAGACACCCGAAAACACAAUUGUUUAUGAGCAAUUGAGACAAGGUCUGAAAUUGAUCGAGAAAAAGCAUGCAAAGCAAUUGAAUGACUGGAUCAAAGUACUAAAAAAGGAAUCUUUGCUGAAACAGUUGAUUGACGUCAAGGUCGAUAUGACAGAAGCUUUAAGAAAAUGUCGGCUGUUGGGUAUCACAAUUCCAGAAUUCGAAGAUCCUGAAAAAGCUCUAAAAAACAAGACUAAAAUCAAGCCUAAGAAAAACCAGCAAAGGAAUCAAAAUGAAGAUGAAGAUGAAGAUGAAGAAUUUGGAGAUGAACGUUUUGAAGAAAUUGAUGUUCCAAAGCAAGGUUUGGAUGUUGAAAAGAAUCCCUUGACUGUGGACAGUAGAGUACUUCCGCCUGCUCAGCGGAUAUUUCCACUGGCAUAUGAACCAGGAAUGAGUGAGGAUAUCACUUAUCGUGGGGCUUUUGUGAGCCCACAUAAAACCCUGACUGGUCCCACGGGAUACAAGGAAAAAGGAAAACAAAAGGAAGAUUCAACAAGACAAGAAUUGUUAAAAAAGGCCCCUGUUGUGGAGUGGGGAGAAGACCUUUACUAUUGGGACAAGACGCACGUCCAAUUCAAUACCAGCGGUCUUGAGAAAAAUCAUCGGUUUAUGGGUACUGGAGAAGGUGUAAAUGAAUUGCCUGCCAGUCUAUUGGAUGAACUUCGCAAACGACCAAGAUACUACCAAGAAUCAUCUGAGCCACUCAGAGCUUGCGGAGCUCCUCUUCACAAUGGAGGACUGUGCCCUAGACGCGACCUUGUCAUUUGUCCUUUCCACGGGAAGAUUGUGUCGCGAGAUUCAAUUGGACAGCCGUUGGAUCCAGCCGAGGCGCCUAAAGUACAAGUACUACAAGUACCACAGAGUGGGACGAGUAAAGAAUUUUGGGAGGACAUUGAAGGAGAAGUGAUGGUACAGACAGGUCAAGAGAAAAUCGAGAGUGGACACAAGAAAAGGAAACGAGAUCACAAGAGUGCGCUUGUGGAUGUCCGACAGAAUAAGCCCAAGAGUUUCCAUAGGCGCCUUCAAGACAAGCUUGACACACGCGCCAUUCGACGUAGUGUGGAAGAAGCGGUUGAGUAUGAACGCACUCAAAAAUCUCGAUUGAAGAAAGGACUAUAA